UUUCCCGAGUGAGUUCGGAACUAGUCGUGUUCGUAGUGAAAGGUUGGUCGUUGGAGUUUGUUCGAGUAAAGUCGAUUCUUCUUGUUUGUUCGUCCUCUCCAGCCGGUUUGAACGGGACCUGGUGCCGGGGACGCGGGGUUGAGGAGCGGCUGACCCGGUGGAGAGGUGAGCGGGACGAGGCGGAGCCCUGAGCCGCCUCUGGCUCGCGCUGCUCGGCGGCGUUAUCUCACUUUGUCGUUAGAAUCGAGCGGACGUAGAGUAAAAUGGAGGCUGAGAGUUAACGGACCAGCUGCGGACCCUCCAAAUCUGUUUCCUGCUUCCGGUGAACGCUCGCGGCUCCAGCUCCACCCUCCAGCCGCUCAGGAUGUCCGGAGACCCCGCUAACUUCAGCCUCCUCCAGCGGACCUGUAAGCUGGUGGUGCUGCUGUGUCUCCUCCACAUCUCCGUCUCCGUCGUCUUCUACGUUCGCUCUCUGGACAUCCGGUCCGCCUUCGUCCAGAACCAGCAGUCCCACAGUAAUGUCACUGAGCGGAACCAGUUCACAUCCACCGGGGUCAACUCCAGAACCGGGCCGGCCGAUGCCCCGAAAGACGAACACGGGAAGGGCCAGCCGCAGCGGGGGGAGCAGGAGCCGUCGGUCCUGGAGCUCCAGCCGGAGAAGAAGCUUGAGAAAUGCCCCGAGACGUCACCUCUGCUGGUGGGUCCCCUGAGGGUGGAGUUCACCACCUCCAUCAGUCUGGAGCAGAUAACGAAGAGCAACCCUAACCUGCAGCCGGGCGGACGCUUCAAACCCGAAGACUGCGAGGCGCUGCAGAAAGUCGCCAUCAUCAUCCCGUUCCGCAACCGAGACGAGCACCUGAAGUACUGGCUCUACUACCUGCACCCCAUCCUGCAGAGACAGCAGCUGGACUACGGAGUCUACGUCAUCAACCAGGACGGAGUCGAGAUCUUUAACCGGGCCAAGCUGCUGAACGUGGGCUACAACGAGGCUCUGAAGGAGUACGACUACGACUGUUUUGUCUUCAGUGACGUUGACCUGAUCCCCAUGGACGACCGCAACACCUACACGUGUUUCAGCCAGCCGCGACACCUGUCGGUGUCCAUGGACAAGUUUGGCUUCAGGCUGCCAUAUAACCAGUACUUUGGAGGAGUCUCAUCUAUGAGUAAAGAACAGUAUCUGAAGAUCAACGGCUUCCCUAACAACUACUGGGGCUGGGGAGGAGAGGACGAUGACAUCUACAACAGGUUGGCGUCUAAAGGCAUGUCCAUCUCCAGGCCGAACAGCGAGGUGGGAAAAUGUCGGAUGAUUCGACACGAAAGAGACAAACAGAACGAUCCGAACCCUCAGAGGUUCAACAGAAUUGCUCACACCCGAGAGACGAUGCACAAAGACGGGAUCAACUCUCUCUCCUACAAAGUGGUGAAACUAGACAAGUUGGACCUGUUCACUAAAAUCACAGUGGACGUGGGGAAGCCAUGAGGCGGAGCAAGAGAGGUCAUGUGACCAGCGACGAUGCACUGAAAACCAUAUGCUGACUUUACUCUGUGGCGUCUGCUCUGAUGAUCAGAUGAGCUGGUCUCACUUUUUCUUUUAUUCUUUUUAUUUUGCACGUUCUGAAAGAAUGAGGCUUUGUGUUGCUGCUUUCUCUGCUUGGCCUCAUGACUCGUCUCUGAUUGGCCGCUGACUUUAACCAACGGCUGCCUCCCGCUGUCGGUCCAACGCUGCUGCAACACAUCCCUAACAAGUCUUUUAUUUUGAAAAUCAGACAAUCAGAGCAGCAACAAGGGGCUGCUGGGUCACAUGGUCCAGACAUUUACUGGUGGGGGAUUAUGGGUAAUAAAGCAGGUGAGUUUAGAUCUGGUGUGAUCCUGGUUCUUUUGAUCUGGAUCAAUCCCCCACAUGUUGUGAAGUAAUCUGAACGUAUGGUUCAGUAUGACAAUGGGCCUCAUUUACUAACGAAUGCACAGAGAUGUUCGUUCACUCCGCAGAGUACAAACAAAUUAUAAUAUUAAACAAAUCCCAGAUUACACAGAUCUGUACGUACGCUCUGGUGGUAAAUGAGGCCCAGUGUCUCCAGGUCACUGGGAUCCAGUUGAGAUUUGUUCUUCUUGACUGAGUCAAUGUCUAAACUUUAACGGAAACUUAUCCAGGAUCAGAAACCGGUUUAUCCAGUAAUUUGUGGAGCUAGUUUCACAUCAGAUCUAAACACAGUGAGUGAGUGUGUGUGUGUUUCUUUUUUUAAAGUUAUUCAUAAUCAGGUUUUGAUUUGUGCUCAAUAUAUUUUAUUCAACUCUUUCUCUUCACAAAAAGUUGUUCUUGAAUCAGUUGUAGUUUUCUAAACUGGACCAGCUCAAGACCAGAACCUCAGCAGCUCCAGGUUUCAGUCCAGGUUCAUUUCCAAGUCCAGGUCUGGAACCAGGUUCAGGUCUUGGUCAGUGUUGUAUCUGCUGAAGAUGUCGACAGUGAAUCUGUGAAAAAUCUAAAAUCUUUGUAGCUAUUCUUCUUCAGGUGAUUGGCUGCAGCUGUAAAUCUAUCUUCAAUAUUGAUUUAUCGACUGUUUGAUAUUGAUGACUGAUUGAUUGUAUCUCCAAGUGUCCUUACAAGAGCUGUUACAACCAAAGACUUAAUUCAACAUGAAUGUGAUCAGCUGGUUUCAUCUCACUAUUGAUCAAUCUGACAAACACACUGUGUGUGUGUUACAAUGCAUGUAAAUAUCUUGUUUGUUUCUAUUUUGACCAAAAGUCUGUUCCUCUCUGGUCAUUAAAAUAAGGUUCAUUAAAAUCCAUCUGAUGGUUUUUGGA